AAAAUGGCUGUGGAUAACCAUACCACAGAGGCCACUGAAUUCAUUUUUGUGGGAUUAACAGAAAACCCAACACUUCAGACCAUCAUUUUUGCAUUCUUUCUAGCUAUUUAUACCCUCACCUUGGUGGGGAAUCUUGGAAUGAUCAUGUUAAUUAGGAUUGAAUCUCGGCUUCAUACCCCCAUGUACUAUUUCCUCAGUAAUUUAUCUUUCCUGGAUAUCUGUUACUCCUCUGUGACCGCACCCAAGACAAUUGUGAGCUUCCUAGAGGAGAGAAAAGCCAUCUCUUGGGCUGGCUGUGCAGCACAAUUGUACUUCUUUUUAGCCCUGGGCACUACAGAAUGUUUCCUCCUGGCUGUGAUGGCCUAUGAUCGGUAUGUGGCCAUCCGUAACCCUCUGCUCUACACAAUUAUCAUGUCCCCUAGAGUCUGUGUCUCACUGGUAGCUGGGUCAUACAUAAUUGGCCUAUUGCAUUCCAUGGUAUACACAAGCUUCACAUUUAGUUUGUCCUUCUGUGGGUCUAAGGAGAUAAAUCAUUUUUUCUGUGCUAUUACGUUAUUGUUAUCGCUCUCUUGCUCUGACACCCAUACGAAUGAACUUCUGAUAUUUAACCUUGCUGGACUAAUUGAAAUAAUCACUAUUCUUUCAGUCUUGGUAUCCUAUAUUUACAUCCUCAGCACCAUCCUCGGGAUCCCCUCUACCAAUAGGAGAUGGAAAACCUUCAGCACCUGCAUCUCCCACCUGACGGCUGUCACCAUAUUCCAUGGGACAAUUCUCUUCUUGAAUUUCCGAUCCACAUCCAGUUACUCUUUGGACCAAGACAAAAUAUUCUCUAUAUUGUAUACCGUGGUGAUCCCCAUGCUGAACCCCCUCAUCUACAGCCUGAGAAACCAAGAUGUGAAGGAUGCCCUGAGAGCCAUAAUUAACCGUACCUACCCACAAGCAUAUUCAACAGAGGCUUCUGACUCCUACAUAUUGUUCAUCUUGGAGCAAGGGAGCCAAGACAGGCAUUCCAGCAUGUCCUAAAGGUGAUCUGGGACCAGGAAGAGGAAGUGAGGAAAUGAGAGUUAUUGAGAGGUUAAAGCAAAUAAAAAUAUAUGCACAG